CCAGUUCCAUGGUUGUUGGGGUGCCAGGGGUGGCCCUUUGUGACAGCACUGUGUUCCAGGCCCUUUGUGAUGCGGGGGCCACGUCGUGCCCAGAGGCCAUUGUGACACCGGGGGUGGGGGGCACUGAAGGGGUGCAGAGCCCUGGGGUGUCCCCUGUGCAGAGAGUGCCUCACUCAGGAGGCAGCAGCUCCCUGAGAGCCUCUGAGGCAGAGGACGAUGGAGAUGCUCAAGGAGAGGGCAAACCCCAACUCCCAACCUGACAAUAUCCUGUCCCAGUGGGAAGCUGAGGAAAUCCAAGAGCUGUCCCAAUGGGAAGAUGUGGAAUAUGAGGACCUGUCCCCAUGGGGAUUUGAGAGAUACCUAGAAGCAUUGCAAUGGGGAGAGGAAAGAGUCCAUGAGCUGUUCGAAUGGGAAUUUGAGAGGUACCAAGAAGCAUUGCAAUGGGGAGAUGAGAAAGUCCAAGAGCCGCCCCAAUGCAACAAUCAAAGAAUCCAAGAGCUGUCCCAAUCGGAAGAUGAGACAAUCCAAGAACUGUCCCCAGGGGAAGAUGAGAAAUACCAAGAAUUGUCCCAAAAGGAAUUUGAGAUAUACCAAGAACUGUCCCAGUGGGAAGAAAAAAGAAGACAAGAGCUGUCCCAAUGGGAAGGCAAGAGAGACAAAGAGCUGUCCCAAGAAGAGUUUGACAGUGAGAAAGUGAUUUGCCAAUGGGAAGGCUCCAUGGAGCAAGAGCUGUUCGAAGGGGAAUUCAGAGUGGACCCAGAGUUGUUCCAUGAGGGAGAUGACAGUGACAAAGAGCUGUCACAGGAGAACUGGGAACACAUCCCAAAUCACACCAUCUGGAUCAACCCGUUGUACCCAGAGCUCCUGCAGAACCCUCACCCUGCUCUCCAGGGGUCAGCACAGGCAGCAGCUUCUCCUGCCUCGUGGGAGCGAGUGAAGGCAGCAGGGGCAGAGAGCCCAGGCCUUGCCCCACACAACCCCUGUUGUCCCCUCAGCCCUUUGCCUCACUGGCUGGAGGCCCUCAGAGGGGAGUGGAGAAGGACACCAUGGAGUGCUGCACUGCCCAUGCCACGGACUGAGCAGUGGGCCUUGGCUGAGGAGGAGAAUGAGUGGAAAUACUCCUUGGGCCAAGAGCUGUCCCAGUGGAAAGAGGAAGAGCUAUCCCAAGCAGAUCCAGAAGAUGACAGUGAUAAAGUUCUUCGCCAAUGGGAAAACUCCACUGACCAGGAGCUGUCCUGGUGUGAAGUCAGAGGAGACCCAGAGCUGUCCCAGGGGGAAGUCAGCGAAGACAUAGAGUUGUCUGAAGAGGGAGAUGACAGAGACCAAGAGCUGUUGCAGGAGAACUGUGAAUGCAUCACCGUCCGCACCAUCUGGGUCAACCCCAAGUACCCACAGCUCCUGCAGGACCCUCACCCUGCUCCCCAGGGGUCAGCACAGGCAGCAGCUUCUCCUGGCUCCAGAGAGCAGGUGCCAGAGGCAGACACAGAGAGCCAGGUCCCCAGGAAACGUCCCUCCCGCCCCAGGCGGGUGCUCCGGGCUCUGCGCCGGCUGUUCCGGAUCCCCUGCAUGGCGGGAAGGCCGGAGGAUUAG